AUGCAGAAUAGAGCCGGACUCGUUCUCUGUGCCCUUGUUCUCCUGACGGGUUUCCUUAUAAUCUGCCUGGGGGCCUUCUUUAUUUCCUCAGGUUCGAUAUUCAAUUGUUGGGAGAAACUGAGCCUGGCCUACUUACUUCUCCCCUUGGGUUUUGUGAUCCUUCUGAGUGGGAUUUUCUGGAGCACCUAUCGCCUGGCAUGUGAAAGCAAAGGGAUGUUCACUCAUAUACUCAGACAACACCGGGUGCAAGGGGUAGCCCUGCCUCUGGCCACCGUGGACAGACCAGACUUCUACCCUCCUGCUUAUGAAGAGAGUCUUCCUAUCGAAAAGCAGACCUAUCCUACAGGAACAGUGACUGCAGAUGUCCCCCCUCCUCUGUACACGGAGAUGGGCCUUGAAUUCAAAGAUGAGCAUGAUGCCCGCCCAGAGGCUCCGCCGUCCUAUGAAGAGUCUGUAGCAGCCAGGGUGGCGGCAGCAAUGGCACAGCAGGAUGCUGAGAGGCAAGGCCAUGAAUGCUGA